AUGCAGUUCCUCGCACUCCUCUCUCUCGUUGCCGCCGCUGUGCAGCUCGCCCCCGCACACGCAGCGCCUUUGUCUCGUCGCACCGAGACUAUCAACAUCAAGCGCCAGUCCACCGAGGCUGAGGCAGAGUCUUCGGACCCCAACUUCUCCCAAGAGCUCUCGGACGGUAUCCAAGCCGGUCAGCUCGCCGCGCAGUACGGCCAACCUGCCGUAGUCAUCAUUGAACAGCCUGCUUCGUCCUCCACCGAGUCCGGUGAGGGCGAAGCUGAGGGCGAGGGCGAGACUGAGGGCGCCGAGCCUGCAGAAGGCGAGGAGCCCGCCACCGAGGGUGAGGGUGAAGGCUCUACGGAGUCUGAGCCCGCUGGCGAGACUGAGCCUGCAGCCGAGGGCGAAGGGGAAGGCGCUGAACCCGAGGGUGCUGAGCCCGAGGCAGAAGGCGAAGGCGAAGGCUCCACUCUAGCCUCGCUCGCCGCACAACAAGCCUCCGCUCAGGCUCUCGCCAACUCCAACGCAGCACUGGCCAACUCCCAACUCGCAGCCGCCAACUCUCAGCUCGCUGCCGCCGAGUCAUUUUACGGCGUAAACGUCGCAGCUGCCAAUGCCAACGCCUACUCCAACGCCGUCGCCGCCAACGCUUACUCCAACGCCGUGGCAGCCGAGUCCUUCGGCGUCCCAACAGUCCCCAUCUCAGCGUCCUACGUCCUCCCCUUCCUCAAGUCCAAGAAGCGCCAAAUCGAGUACUUCGCGCCCGCCACGCCUCUCUCCGUCCCCGCGCCCGCCUACUCUCUCGGCGACGAGGAAGUCGCGCCUCUGUUCCGCUCUGCCAAGUUCGCUCCCGUACAAGCGAACGUGCGGAUCACGGACGCGUUGAACGCCGGCAUCUCGCAGGGUCUUGCGAGAGCUGCUACGCGUUCGUCGGGGAGCGGCGAGGAGAAGAGGGCGUACGGGUAUGCGCCGGUUGUUGGUCCGUACGGGAACACGAUCGUGAAGACUGCCGCGCGCCCCGCGUACGGUGCUGCGGCUGCGUACGGCGCACCCGUCAAGGUCGUCCAGCCCGCUGCUGAGGAGGAAGCCGUUGAGGGCGAAGCCACCGAGGCCGAGGCUGGCGAGGAGGAGGUCGAGGCCGGCGCUGAGGAGGAGGUUGCCGAAGGCGCUGAGGGCGCUGAGGAGGAGGAAGCCGGUGCCGAGGAGGAGGCCGAGGGUGCCGAGACCGAAGCUGAGGGUGAGGGCGAGACCGAGGAGGCCGUCGAGACCGAAGGCGCCGCCGAGACCGAGGAGGCCGCCGCUGGCGAAGAAACCGAAGCCGCUGCUGAGGAAACUGAGGCUGCGGUCGAGGAGAAGCGCUCCGUCGCACCUCAUCUCGGUUUUGCUGCCAACAAGCUCGCCGCGACCACUCCCGCCGUCGCUGCGUCUGCACCUGCAUACGUCGCCCCGGCCGUCGCCAAGCCUGUUGCUCCCGUCGCCGCCGCUUCUCCAGUUGCGCCCGCCUACGUCGCGUCGGUCCCCGCCGCCGCACCCAUUGCGCCCGUCGCCGCUGCUCCCGUUGCACCUGCUUACGUUGCUUCCAACUCGUUCUACAAUGCACCCGUUGUUGCCGCUGCUGCUCCCGUCUCUCAGGCCGCUGCCGUGAACGCCGGCUACGUUAACGCCGUCUCCGCCGCUAACGCCUUCAACGCUGCUGCAGCAUACGGCAGCCCCGUCGUUCGCAAGGCUCGUGCUCUUAAGGCCAUGGAGCGCCGCUCGCCUGUCUACGGCGCGACCUCCUACGGCGCUGUUCCCGCCACCUACGGUGCUUCUCCCGCUGCUGCCGCCGCCGCUGCAUACGGCGCUGCACCUCAGCUCGUUCAGGUCCCUGCUCCCCUCGGCGAGUACAUUGCCUCUCCCUACAACGUCGUCGGUCUUCCGACUCCCGCUGCCGCUGUGACUGAGGGUGCUGCCGCAUCUGAGGAAGCUACCGGUGCCGAGGAGGAAGUCGCCGCCGAGGGUGAGGGCGCCGAGGGUGCCGCUGAGGAGUCUGAGGGUGCGGAGAACGUCGCGGAGGGCGAGGCUCUCGAAAGCGCGGGUGCCGCCGAGGAGACCGAGGGUGCUGCCGAGACCGAGGAGAGCGCUGUCGAGGGCGAGGCCGGUGCCGAGAAUGCCGAGGCCGCCUCCGAGGAGGAGGCUCUCGCUACCCUCGAGCGCCGCAUGACCGCCUACCGCGAGAUCGCCCGCGCCGCCGGCUCGCUCGGCAACACUCUCGACGCGAUGGUCAAGCGUCUCCAGGACGUGUCUGCGCUCCCCGUGGGCCGCGCGUUCGACAUGACCGCGUAG